AUGAUUGAGUUUGAUGAAUUAUUUGAAUUACUAAAAGAAAUUGAAAUAAGUUGUGAUAAUUUUAAUGAAGAAAAUAAAGAAAAAGAAAAAAUUAUUUUAUUCCUAAAUGAUCUAAAUUCUUACAUUAAUGAUAUAUCUCAUUCUUUGAAAGUCAAAACAAAUAAAACAUAUAAAAUAUCAGAGAUAGAUAUAUUAAAAAAAAUUAUUUCAAAAAAAGAAAGACUUGAAAAUGUGUUAAAAAAUUGUAAUACUGAAAAAAAACAUAUUUUGUUUAAAAAAAUUAAUAAUAUUGGUUGGGAAGUUAAGCAUGAUGGCGCCUCUUUGAGUAAUCAAUCCCUUAUUAAUCAGAAUGCCAUUUUAGAAAGAAAUUUAAAUAUAAAUGAAAAAGAUAUGAACAUAAAUCAUGAUAAAGAAAAUAAACAAUCAGAAAGUAUUUUAUUUUCAGAAAAAAGAGGGAUCCAAAAAAAGGAAAUUUCCAAUGAUAAACAAAAUAACAUAUUAUCACAUAAUGAUAAAGUCAAUAAUAAUAAUUCCAAUUUAAAAAAAUUUGACGAUUGUGAAUUAAUUAAAGAUAAUCUCAUAAAAGAAUGGGGAAAUCAAAUAGAUGAAUAUGAUAAUUUAAAAUAUGAGUUUACAUAUGAAUAUAAAAAAAUAGAAUUUCAAAAAAAGUUAGAUAAAAGAAAGAAUGUAAACGCAUUUAAAGAUGAUAAUAUUGAUGACGAAUUAUGUUUACUUGCUCAAGAAAUGAAAGAAAAUGUUUUAGCAUACAGACAAAUAUUAGUAGAUGACAACAAAACAUUGGAAGUAUCUGCAACUAAACAAGCAAAUAAUAUAGAUUCAAUUCUUAAUGUAAAUAAAAAAACAAAAAAAAUGGGAAGUAACCAUAGUAUUUCUUUUUUCUUAUCUUUAAUCAUAAUUGGUGUUUCAAUUUUACUUUUUAUUUUCACAUUUUUUGUAAUAAUCCUUCUAUAG